CAUGGCGGCCAUGAGCCGGGUGCUGCGGGCGGCCGCGGCCUGGGCGGCGCGGCGGGCGGGCAGCGCCGGCAGCACCGGGAUCGCUGGCAGCACCGGGAUCGCCGGGAUCGGCCCCCGCCUCCCCGGCACCCUCGUUCCUGUACGGCACAGCGGUGACCAUGGCAAGAGAAUGUUCAUCAUCAAGGCAACAAGCUUUUAUGAUUCUCGAUUUCUGAGCUUGUUGAGAUUCUAUUUAUUCCUGACGGGAAUACCAGUGGCUGUGCUCUUAACAUACAUCAAUGUCUUUGUUGGUGAAGCUGAACUUGCAGAGAUUCCUGAAGGUUAUGUUCCAGAGCACUGGGAAUACUACAAACACCCCAUAACCCGCUGGAUAGCUCGUUAUGUACUUGACCCCCCUGAGAAGAACUAUGAGAAGGACAUGGCCCUGCUUGAUGUGGAAGUGAGGAAAUCUGAACUGAGGCUGCUGGAGUUGGAGGCACGCAGACUGAUGAGACAGCGGGGAGAUGGGCCUUGGUACCAUUAUGAAACACCUGACAAAAAUCUUGUUGACAAUUCUAUGAAAGCCACACCUGACAAUUAAACAAUUUUGGGCAGUGUGCAGGGUCUUCAGUGCAUACUGACAAAUUGUGACUGCGCUGUGGAACAGACAUCCUGCUGUUUGCUGAUGGAAAUGAAUAAACAGUGUUUGUGUUGAUUCCA